AUGGCUGGAAAGCUCCCAAGCUUGAAGGCCAAGGCUGUAAUUUAUGAAAACAGCAGCGAUGAUGACAAUGACGACAACAAAGAUACAGGAAAUGAUCAUCUAGGCCUUUCAUUGGAGAAGCACGAUGACAAUGAUGACAACAAAGAUAAAGGAAAUGAUAAUCUAGACUUGUCAUUAGAGAAGCUAAACCUCUGUCCGAGGAAGAAGCUUCUUGUUCUUGGCCUUAAUGGGCUGCUGGUGCAUCGGGUUCAUAGCCGUUAUGGUGUUAGGACUAACGUUCAAAUCGAUCGUCAUCCAGAUGGAAUUGCCGGAAACUUUCUUGGUGAAAAUUUGUUAUUUUCUGUUUGUUUAAUUGUUACUAUCUUCUUCUUGUUCAGACCUAGUUAUUUCUUUCUAUGGAACAUAGAUGGUGUUUUGAGUACUAUCACAAGCGGAUUGAAAAACAAGGUUCUGUUUGUGUGGGACCAAGAACAAUGUACUGAUUCUGGGUUCAAGAGCUUGGAUAACAAAAAUAAACCCAUAUUCUUUAAGGAGCUGGGGAAACUAUGGAAGGACUUUAAUUUACCGUGGCCUCGCAGACAAUACUCUUCAUCGAACACAUUGUUGAUAGAAGAAGAACCAUGCAAGGCUUUGCUCAAUCCUCCUAACACAGCAAUUUUUCCUGAUUCGUACGAGGUUGGGAAUGACAACGACACUGUUUUAGGUCCUGAGGAGGAGCUGCGAGAAUUCUUAAAUGGCUUAGCUGACGCUGAUAAUGUUCAAUCUUAUGUGAAAGAGAACCGGGUUGGACAGCCAGCAAUCACAGAGGCACAUCCAGAAUGGGCUUACUAUUCGAAGAUUGUUCAUAAAUUUGUUAAGAGGAGAUGAAGAAUAGAAGAUGAUGAUGCAAUUUGAAUACACAGAUUUUUCAUGGAUUGAAUUGGUACAAUGCUUAGUUUUUGGAAUUUGAACUUUUGUGCUAUGUUAAAAUUUUCAAUUAAAAGUAUUAUGUGAAAUGUUCAAUAUGUCCUAGGAUGAAGUAUUUUAAUAAAUAGAGAACCUUCUUUUCUAUAUGAAUUGAUAUUAGAACAUUUUG